CCUUCAUUUCCUUUAUGUUGUCAUUUGGCAGAAAGAAAAUGGAAUAUAUUCUAUUGCAUCUGAUUUAGGGUUAUGAUUGGCCAAUGCAAAAUGGAGUAAGUUGAAGCACUGAACUAGGAAGAUGUUUGGCCUAAAUGGCCUGAGUAAGGUGAAGAGGUUGAUUCUGGGAAUUUUUGUCCUGCUUAUUGUAGAUUUAAUUUGGGUUGCAUCUUCAGAAGUGACUGAGUAUAUAUUCAAAGACACUCACUAUGACAAACCAUUCUUCACUACUUAUAUCAAGACCAGCAUGUUUAGCAUUUAUCUCCUUGGAUUUAUAUUCUUUGAGCCAUGGAGAAUGCAGUGCAGAAAAUCCAGCACAAUGAAUUCGACUUUGACAAUCAAUAACGGUGAAGAUGAAAGGGAACACAACACACAGGAUCCCCUGAGUGAACCCCAGUAUGUUCCAGCAAAAUUCGAUGACAAAGCCAGUGGAACAGAAUCAGAUGAUUCUACCUCAUUAAAUCGUUCUGUGAGAUUUAGCAAGGUGAAUGAAGUCCGACAACUCUCAGAAACUUACGCUGAAGACGCUGUGAUAGCCCGGCUGUCUUAUUCUGCGUCAUUGCGGGCAGAAGAAUCUCGUUUACGUGCCAUGUCCAAGCUCACUGUAAAACAAGUAGCUAAACUGGCACUGUUGUUUUGUGUGUUGUGGUUUGUGGGGAAUUUUUCAUACCAGGAGGCCCUGAGGGACACUGAGGCGGGCAUUGUGAAUGUCCUGUCCUCAACCUCGGGACUUUUUACCCUCAUCUGUGCAGCUCUGUACCCCAGCUCCAGUGCCGACAGAUUCACCCUCUCCAAACUAUUUGCAGUUUUUCUCAGUAUUGGAGGAAUAGUGAUGGUCAGUGUAGCUGAUCUUUCAUUUGAGGACAAGAUUCCUGUGGGGGCAUUGUGGGCUCUUUGUGGCUCCAUGUUGUAUGCUCUCUAUCUUGUUUCCCUUCGGCGGCGAGUCGACCAUGAAGAUAAACUGGACAUCACCAUGUUCUUUGGUUUUGUUGGACUGCUCUGCGUUCUCCUUUUGUGGCCGGGAUUUUUCAUUCUUCACUUCAGCGGGACUGAAGUCUUUACUCUGCCCAAUUCUCGCCAGUGGUUGUUCAUAACUAUCAAUGGUUUGAUUGGAACAGUAUUGUCAGAAGUUUUAUGGCUUUGGGGAUGUUUCUUGACCUCCUCCCUGAUUGCAACUCUUGCUCUAAGCUUGACCAUUCCUUUAACCAUGUUGGCUGAUGUACUAUGGAAAGGGGUGACAUACAACUGGUUGUUUUAUGUGGGUUCUGUUCCCGUAUUCCUGGCAUUUUUCGCCGUCAGUCUUCUGACGCAUUAUGAAACAUGGGACCCCGUUUUACUGUGCUUCAAGAAGGUCCUACAUUGCUUCUGUCGACGAAGAUUGCUGCCCAGAGCUGGGAGCAAUUGCGUUCAAAUUAGGGUACGAGAAAUGGACAGGGAACAGAGCGAGAGUCUAAUAGAAGGCAGUUCCUGAUUGGUGUUACCCCACAACCUGUGAUCUGGUCAUUUUGUUUUUUACUGUCUUGUUAUGCUUGUUUAUGACUAAUACUUGUUAAUUUAAUACUAAAAAAAAAAAGAUAUUUUCGUUAGUCAAUGCAAAUAUUUUAAUAAUUUUAUCUUGUUUUUUUUGAGGGGGAGGGAUCUUUUUACAAAUCUUUUCUUUAGAAAGUUUUAAAAAAUAUUAAAAAAAAGUAGCAAUUGAUCAGAUCAAUUAUAAAUAUACAGUUCAACUUUGGUAUCUUGAAGUCAGAUGUCUCGAAU